UCUCUAUAUCGCUUCAUGUGAAUAUUCAGUGAAAACACGUCAGAUGGUCUCUCUCCUAUGAGUGUGCCAGUUCAGGAAAUAUCUAGUAUCUCAGCACCUGCAGUUCUUCUGGGUACCAUCCUUCGAGAAGAACCGUAGUGACAGCAUUGGAGAGCCAGAUUACAAUUUUGGCCUGCACCUCUGAUGUAUACAAGGCUCUCGACUGAAUGGUAGAAAGCAAUGUAUCAAAAAGUUCCCGACGCUAUCGAGCGUUCUGGUCCAUAACGAUAAGUCUCCUGGGACAGCACACGGUCAGACUCGCCAGUUGCAUAUGCCAUCGUCGAUCAGCAACCCGAAAGACACAUUCUCUAACUCGGGUGUGUAUAUGCAAAGAGAGAGUUCUUGGAUAGCAGGUAUUUUAGUUCAUCACCGACUUCCAUCGCGUCAACAGGUAUGCACUACAUCUUUCUACAUCUCAAGCAAAAAGAAACAUUUAUUAUCUAAUACAAGGAGCAAAAGAAACGCCGGAAGACCCCGCGGAAGAAACUGGCUAACUUUGCUCAGUUUACUUGUGAUUUUUUUCAUUCUUUCUGACGGGGUGGCUUUGCAUCUGUUUUUUCUGUUUUUUCUUCUUUUUUUUCUAUUAUUUUCUUUGUCUCAUUUUUUCCCUGUUUGCCCCUUAUAUUUUUUUCUGAUGAUGCUGUGGAUUGAACCGGAGACUGUUGGUACCUUGGAUUGGUUACCACACGCCGAACCAGGUGGGCUACCGUGCCGAUGGCCCAACCUGGUUGGUGGGAGGGUGCUCGGUGAAACGGACUAUCUAGCUUGCGGCCAUUGUUGUGAUGACCAAGUGAAGUGAUGUUUCUGAGGGCGAAGAGUCUGUAAGUACCCAGCGCGCUGUGUGUAUCUAUCAUAGUAAUCAAUCAAUAAGAGAGAUGCAUAUGGCGCGCUGG